AUGGCCUACCGACCGGCUUUACUCAUCCCCCUCUCUCAUCUCCCUCUCUCAUCCCCCUCAUCCUCUCGCUCUCAUGUCCUCGAGACGUCUUUUCCCCUUCCUUGGGCUCUUCUUCAACGAGCUCUUCUGGUUGUUGUACGCGUCUUUGAUGCUAGCGAAGUCGAUGGACGUGAUCUUCUGAUCGCCAUCACCCGCCUUUCUCGACUUAGGCUUUUUGCCCUCCACAAUGACAACGACAACAGCGUCGAGCUCACUGAGCUCCACGGUUCCACGGCAUAUCUCGUGAGGGCCUACUGUUUUACGGGAGCUAGCUCAGUUUCAGAAUGGCUUUCGAGCUUAUAUGACGUCGAGACUAGGGUGCAAUACAUUAUGUGGAUCUGGUCGGCAAAUCCUUCAUUGUUUGAGGCGGCUCCUGGGAGGAAUUAUUUGGAGCACAGCCUGCACCUUCGAAAGAGUCACACCCAGUAUAACUACGGCCCCAUUCCUCUCUUACCGCAGACCAGUCUGCACUCCCUCGCAGAGACUGAGAGCUGGAUGGCGCACCUACUUUACUUUACUGGUCGCAUCUAUGCACGAGUCGUGUCAUCCGAGGACUCCCCCAGGACGUGGAUAAAUAUGCAGCAGACCGACAAUAGUCCGUCGAAGAAGGGUACUGACUAUGGCGCUGAAGCGAAUGCCAAUAUGGAGUGGAAGGAUAUGACAGGUCGGUGUUGCGAGGUUUUUGACGAAGAAGAACAGGAGGACAAGGGUUUGAAAUCAGAGAUGAGUCGGAUGAUGGCAAUGGCGAUGUGGCGAGGCUACACCUGA